AUGGCGGAGGCCGCAAACGGCGAGGAUGCCGCUGGCGCGGCAGUGGCGGCUGCGCCCGACAUCAUGUCUCAGGCGGCGCAGCUGCAGGCGGCGGAAGCCAUCCGCUUGCAGAUGGAGGAGUACGUCCGAGGCCGCAUCCGCCAGUUUGCGAGGGACUUUGCGAAGCAGGUCGCCCCCAACAUGGCGCCCGACGCGGUGGACGACGCGGCCAACCGCGUCAUCCUGGGCGCGGCCGAGCCCGCGGCGCUGCUGCCGCUGGCGGCGGGGCCGGCGGCGCCGGCGCUGCAGGCGGGGCAGGGGCAGUACCGGCUGGAGUUUCGGCACGAGUGCUCGGCCCUCGGCUGCCGCGACGGCGAGUGCUCUCUCUGCACCUUCAACCCCCACCGCGUGUGCGAGCGCAACUUUCAGAAGAAGUACCUGGUGGGGGACCCGCUGCGCGCCAAGUGCGGCGCCAGCAUCCGUGUAGAGCUGGUGGACAUGGCCGGCAGCCCCGUCACGCAGGACUACCCAGACCUCACGUUUGAGGUGCGGCCGGCCGGCGUUGGCGGGCUCUCAAACCAUAAAGACGACCCCCUGCUCGCCUACAAGGCCGGCGGCGGCGCCCAGGGCGGGGGCGGCGGCGGCGCCUCCGCCGCGUCCGGCGGCGCCGCGGGCUCUCGCUACUCGGUCCAGCUGCGCCUGGAGGGCGGCACCGCGCUGCUGCCCGACCUGACCGUCACCGACAGCUCCGAGGCGCUGCUGCAGGGCCGCCGGCCGCCGUUCCGGCUGCUGGUGUGGGCGCCCGACGGGCUGGGGGGUUUUGACCACUCUGUACAGUAUGCGGUCAGCGACGACUUUGUGGUGGCGACGCGGCGCGUGAAGCAGGCCAACAAGGCGGACAUCCCCAUGAUCAACGACCACGUGUCUAAGAUAGAGCACAUUGGUGGGCGUGUGCAGGGCUGCGGGCGCAGGGCCCAGCAGGGCGGGGCGGGCGCGCGGCAGCGCAGGGCGGAGGCGGCGGCUGGGGCCGGGGUGCUGUUGGGCGCUGUGGAUGGCGCCACGGGCUGUGGGCGCGGGCUGCAGGACGGGCUUCCAGGAGACGCGCAGCCGCUUCCUAGCUCGUCGCCCGUCGCGCCGCGCCCCUCCAACCUCCCCCGCCGCCGCGCGGCGUUCGCUCGUCUGGGCGUCUCGCACACCCUCAGUGCGCCGUCGGCCCACGCCCCUGGCGCCCCCCCGCCCCUGCCCCCGUGCCCAGGCCGGGAAACUGUGAAGAAGCUGUCAGACAUGCGGGUGGCGGCACAGGAGAGCGGCGUGGACAUGCAGAUCGACGAGAGGAUGGCGCGCAUAGAGACGGGUGGGCGGGCGGAUGGGGUGUGCUGA